AUGGACGGUCAUGAGAUGAAGCGAAGGGCUCGUUGGGAGGAUCGCAAAAGUCGUAUUCGACAUCAAAAGCAGUGGCAUCUUACCACUCUACAGACACAUCUCGUGGCAGCUUCCGGCGAGUUCGUGGGCACUUUCUUCUUUCUCUUCUUUGGUUAUGCUGGCCACCUUAUGGUCGUUAAUCAGUCCAACACCUCCCAAGUCGAGACACCAGGAGUCAUACAGACAGUAUGUGUAGCCUAUGCAUAUGGGUUCUCGUUGUUGGUCACAGUGUGGGCUUUUUAUCGAAUCAGUGGAGGCCUAUUCAACCCAGCUGUAACGCUCGGAUUAUGCAUAGCGGGCGCACUUCCUUGGGCUAGAGCUGCUUUCCUUGUCCCAACGCAGAUCGUCGCAUCUAUGUGUGCCGGAGGGCUCGUAGAGGCCAUGUUCACCGGGUCCAUUAGCUCUGUCAACACUACUCUCAUCCCGGGCAUGAGCAUCGCAAAGGGACUUUUCGCCGAAAUGUUCUUCACGUCUUAUCUCGUCUUUGUGAUUCUCAUGCUAGCCAUCGAAAAGUCGCGAGAUACUUUCAUUGCUCCCGUGGGAAUUGGCUUGGCUCUUUUUGUAGCUGAAGUGCCUGGUGUUUACUAUACUGGAGGUUCGUUGAACCCGGCCCGUAGUUUCGGAUGUGCAGUAGCUGGUAGAAGUUUCCCUGGAUAUUUUUGGAUUUAUUGCUUAGGUCCAGCCAUGGGGGGUGCUUUGGCUGCCGCCUACUACCGUUUUGUCAAAUUGGCUCACUACGAAGAGGCGAACCCAGGACAAGAUGCUUCUCAACCAGAUGAAGCAUAA